AUGGCAGCGAAUCAAGCUGAUGUGGCAAAGGUGCUGAAGACGCCUGGAGGCAAUCUUCACCUUGAGACGGUUGAUGCAGAUCUGAAGGUUACCGAAAAUGGUGUUCUCAUCGAGGAUCGAGAGCGCAAGGAAAAGACGUUAGUGCGCAAGAUUGACAGACGCAUGAUGCCGCUAAUGAUGUUACUCUAUGUCCUCAACUACAUCGACCGCAACAACAUCGCGACUGCGCGUCUCGGCAGCUUUGAGAAGGAUAUCGGUCUUCGUGGCACCCAAUACAACACUGUCAUUAGUAUUUUCUUCGUCGGCUACAUCCUGACACAGAUCCCAACCAACAUGAUCCUGAACAAAGUUCGGCCGUCUCUAUUCCUGCCAGCCGUCAUGAUCUGCUGGGGUUCAGUCAGCGCGUGUACGGGCGCAGUACAGAACUACUCUGGCAUGAUAGUCCUGCGUUUUAUGUUGGGAUUUGUUGAGGCACCCUUCUUUCCUGGUGCCCUCUUUCUGUUCAGCUGUUGGUACACCAAAAAAGAGCUCGCCAAGCGAAUCUCCAUCCUCUUUGCGGCAGGACAAAUGGCCGGCGCCUUCAGUGGGUUUCUGGGCUCAGCCAUUAUGGGUGGCAUGAACGGAGUUGCGGGACUGGCUGACUGGCGCUGGCUUUUCAUCAUCGAAGGUGUGAUGACCAUACCGGUGGCCUUUCUGACGUACUUUGUCGUUCCUGAUUACCCAACCAAUACCAAGUGGCUCAGCGACGAGGAGCGUGUUCUGGCCGUGCUGCGUAUUGCAGAGGAAGCAAACGAGGAAGAUGACCGAGAGGAAGUGUCAGCGUUCCAAGGCCUCAAACUUGCGUUCACUGACAUAAGCCUGUACUUGAUCUGGAUGAUGCAGCUUGGCCUCAACACCGCCGCGGCAUUUACCAACUUCUUCCCAACCAUUGUUCAAACGCUGGGCUACCCGCAGCGCGAAACUCUACUGCUCAGCUCGCCCCCGUACGUCUUUGCUGCGAUUCUAGGUAUCAGCAACUCGUGGCACAGCGACGCCAAGCGCGAGCGGUGGCUCCACAUCCUUUGGCCGCAGGUUUUUGCUUGCGUUGGCUUCAUCAUCUCGGCCACGACUCUUAACGUGGCGGCGCGAUACACGGCCACCUUUAUGAUGAUGAGCAUUUACGGUAGCUUCGGUGCGAUCCUGUCUUGGGUGUCAACGUCGCUGCCGCGCCCAUCUGCCAAGCGCGCUGUGGCCUACGCCUUUGUCAACGCCAUGUCGAAUCUCGCGUCUAUUUAUGCCAGCUACUUUUACCCGGCAACCCAGGGUCCGCAGUACUGGCAGGCCAAUAUCGCGAAUGUGGCCUUCAGUGGCAUGUGCAUCGCCAUGGCCACCACGUUGAGGUUCUACCUCUCCUGGAGGAACAAAAAGCUGGACGAAGCCAGCGCCGAGGACAUGGCUGCCGAAGGGACGGCCAACGGCACCAAGACGCAGGCGCUGGCAGCAAGAUGGCAGUUCUUCAAAAAUCUCGCCAAAGGCAUUGCCACAAAUCAUUUCAUAACAGAACGCACCAUGGCCUCACUGAGCACCCUCGCAGGCGAAAUCCUUUCGACAAUUGUGUCCUACCUGGAUCCUUGGACCCCCGGCUUCAGCCACGGGGAGGAUAACAAUCGCAUCUACGAUGCCGACUUCAACAGUCUCGACGACCUGCGCAACCUGCGCCUGACGUGCAGGGCCCUCCAUAUAGUCGCAACCCGGCAGCUCUUCCGCGCCGUGCGCCUGCGGCCCAGCGACGAGUCGGCCGAGAAGUGGGGCAACAUCGCCGACUCGCCGACCCUGCGGGCCCACGCCCGGGAGGCCAUCGUUGACUCGGCGAUGAGCGAGGACGUCGACCCCGAGGAGCCCUGGGAGCCGCCAGAGUCGUGGGCGGCCGCCCUGGGGCGCCUGGGCGAUUUCCCGCGCGUCGAAGCCGUGGCGCUGCACUUCUCGUCCCAGUGCGCCGCCGAGGCCGGAGACUUUUGGGACAAGGAGGUGGCCGAGACGGAGAGCGAGCGGUCCGACGUGCUGGACAUGGUGUUUUGCGCGCUGGCCUGCGUCAACGACCUGCCCGACCAUGGCAUCCGGGCGCUCAGCGUCAAGAACCUGCAGAACAUUGUGCAUGAGGGCGCCGACGGCGAGGACUUCAAGUCGGUCGUGUCGCGGCUGAAGGAGCUCCACGUCAGCAUCUGCACCGAAUCGGACAGUGCUGCUCCCGAACACACCAUCACGAAGUCGGCAGUCAAGUCCUUCUGGGCCCCCGGGGGAUUCGUCGACAAAUGGCUCAAGCCCGCGGCGCAGAGCCUGACCAGCCUAACGCUAUACUGCGACGCCUACUUUGGCCUUCUUCCCGAGUUCGACACCUGCGGGAUCAGCUUCCCCAACCUGCGGGCGCUGUCGCUGGGCAACUUCAACCUUGCCUACGAUUGGCAGGUUGACUGGAUCGUGUCGCACAAGGGGUUGCGGACGCUGUGGCUCGACGACUGUCCCAUAGCCCACUACUUUGAAGUCACCUACUACGGCUUAGAAGAAUUCCGUACAGGGGAGCUCACGAAGCUGCCGCGGGCCGGGUCUUCUGAAGAAGUGUACGUUAGUUCUCUGAGAUGGUCGGACGUGUUGGACAAGAUCCGCGAGGGCUUGCCGGAGCUGAAGGACUUUCGACUGGCGCAUGGCGCUUGGGAUGUGGACCAAGCCUUUGAGCAGCGCCACGACCUGGGCCUCGAUCUCCUUGAGAAGCGCUACAUGGCCUUUAACGGUGGCAUUGGUCCCUCCCAGUGGGUUGAAUGUCGUGAAGGUUACAAUAUCAAGCCCGAUGGGAGUUACGAACAGUAUCUCUGCUACCAGGGUGCCUUUGAUGAGGAGGUCCUCCCGCCCAAUGUGGCGGAUCCAGCUGUGGAGGAGGCAGACAAGAAGGCAUUUGCGAGAUUGUUGGCUGGCCUGUCCCUGGAGUCGUGA